GCACUGGUGGGCGGGCACUGGUGGGUGGCACUGGUGGGCGGGCACAGGUGGGUGGCACUGGUGGGCACAGGUGGUGGCACUGGUGGGCACAGGUGGGUGGGCACAGGUGGGUGGCACUGCUGGGCACAUGUAGGUGGCACUGCAGAGUGGCACAGGUGGGUGCACUGCUGGGCACAGGUGGGGGCACUGCUGGGCACAGGUGGGGGCACUGCUGGGAACGGGUGGGCGGGGCUAGUGGGCGCACUGCUGGGCGGAACUUGCGGGUGUCACUGCUGGGCACCGAUCAUCAGGGCACUG